AACAAUUACAAUUAUAUCUGGAUUUAUAUUACAUAGAUUUUAUUAUAUUAUAUUACAAAUGAUUACAAUAAUAACAUUCAUUUAUAUUAUAUUAUCAUUAUUGAAUCAAUUCAUUAUAAUAUAUGGAAUGAUACCAGUACAAUGUGGUUAUAAUUUAACUAGACGUAUACCAGUAUGUUGUCCAUUAAGUAAUAUUAAUGGUAAAGUAUGCGGUGGACCAAAAUAUGGUGAAUGUAUACAAAUAUGGACACCUAAAGAGAAAGUACCAAGUGUAUUUUUAAUAGAUGAUAGAAUUGAUUGGCCAAAACGUUAUUUUACAUAUUUUUGUCAAUGUUUUGGUAAUUAUUUUGGUGCAGCUUGUGAUGAAUGUUGGUUUGGAUGGAAAGGUCAACAUUGUAAUAAACGUUCAAUUAAAAUACGACGCGAUAUAAAAACAUUAACUGAUAGGGAAUUAUAUAUAUUUAAAAGAUUAAUUGUAUUAAGUCAAACAUGGCCAUCUGGUUAUCUUUUAAUUGAUGAAUCAGAUAACUGGAAUGUUGAUCCAUUGACAAAACCUAAAUUAGAACAUGCUUCUGUUCAAUAUUACAUUACUUAUUUACAUCGUUAUGGUAGCCGUAGUACAUUGUAUAAAAAUGUUCAGGAUUGUGAAGAUUAUGGAAUAUUAAAUUUCAAUCAUGAUGGUGUUUGUUUUCCAACUUGGCAUCGUUAUUAUAAUCUGUUAUGGGAGAGAUUGAUGACAAAAAUUGCGAUACAAGUAUUUGGUAUAUCAGAUUAUGCAACACCAUAUUGGGAUUGGAUCGGUUUAAGUCAUUGUGAUAUAUGUACAAAUAGAUAUAUUGGCGCACCGGGUAGACGCAGUGAAAUGGGAUUACAUAUAUCAUCUGGAUCACCAUUUAGUAAUCUAACAGAGUACUGCUAUGAACCAAUGAAAGAUUUGCUUUGUUCUGGUUGUCAGAGAGGUGGAAAGAAAGGAAUAAUUACACGGGAAUUUAAAAAAGGGAACCUUCCGGAUGUAGAGGAUUUGAAAUUCGUUUUAAGCUUAAAACAAUUUCAUGUUCCUGGUGAACGUCUCAGUUCUGUAUGUCUAUCAUUUAAUAUCGCAUUAGAAGGAUUUUGCGGUCGACCUGGUGCUGAUCCAAAUCAUAGAUGGUUUCAUAAUAAAAUACAUGUAUUGAUUGAUGGAAGUAUGUGUUGUACAGCGACAGCAAGCAAUGAUCCAUUAUUUAUAUUACAUCAUAUAUUUAUAGAUAAAAUAUUUGAAUGUUGGUUAAAGACAUAUAAUCCCAGUCCAGAAGAAUAUCCAGAUAAACAUGUACGUCCUGGACAUUCAAGAUAUUCAUUUAUUGUUGGUAUAAUACCACUUGCUAGAAAUAUUGAUUUUUUUACACCCUUAACAAAUUUUGGAGUAUACUAUGAUAAUAAAAUAUUUGGUAGAUAUGCAGAGGAUGGAAGACCACCAUUUUAUUGUUCCAAAAUGGAUACUAUCAUAAAAGGUUCUUAUUAUUAUUGAAUAAUUUUUUUUUAUUUCAUUCAAUAUUCAAUACGAAUGUUUAAUUAAAAAAUUGUAAUAAAAAAAAUCAAUAAUUUUGGUGAUUCUAAAAAGUUAAAGUAGUUUAGUUACAUAACUUUUACACGAAAAAAUCAUAAUAAUUAAAUAUCGGAUAUUCAAUUUAUAGAUGGAUACUAAUUUCAUGUAAAGUUGCAAUGAAUAAGGCUUUGAAAUAAUAACUAUGUUACGUAAUAAUGUGAAAUACAUU